GUUCACCGAGUCUGAGUGACUUUCACCUCAAGCUCGAGCUCAGGGCAGUGUGAGUCACGUCAGUCUGGGGUCGACAUGACACACCUCUUCCAGGGCCACCGCGUCCGCCUCCUCUGUUCCUGUGGCCUCCUCAGGAGCAUCACGUCCAUCUACUUCUGCCGCCACUGCCUCAAACUAAGAUGCGGCAACUGUGUGUCCCACGAGGUGGAUACAUUGUUUUGUCCCAACUGUUUGGAAAAUAUGCCAUCAACAGAGGCUCGCCUAAAGAAAAACAGGUGUGCCAACUGCUUUGAUUGUCCCAGUUGUGGCCACACAUUAUCUACCCGUGCAACUAGCAUCCAGGCACCUUCACCAGAGGACCCCAGCAAGACUGUGGCCAGGAAGGUGUACUACUUGGCAUGUACAAGCUGUAGAUGGACCACCAGGGAUGUUGGCCUCAAAGACCAAACUGUUGCCACAGGAGGGUGGGUUGAACAAGAUAAUGAGCACUAUAAACACCUUCAGUCACUGAUGGAACAUUAUCGGUCCGUGGCGCAGCAUGAAAAACUUGAACGAGAAAAGAAGAGGUUCUCUCAUAGGAAAUCAUCAUACUUGAGCUUGUCUGACAAAUACAGUCUUCCUUCAAUUUUAGGGAGGAAAUCCCUUACACCCUUAUCACCAUUUGCACACAAGGGAGAUCCAAGCCAAACCUCAGAGAUGACUCCACUGAAAGCCACCUCAGAAGUGGAAGGUCUCCCAGAUGACAUAUUCACUGAGGAAGUUGUUCUAUCCUCAGUUACCACAAUGGAGCAGCGAAUGGCAUCCCCAGAGUGGCAGCCUGAUAAGACAGCAGAUCUUUACCCCCUCCAUAAGCACAUUUUGGUGAAGCGCUCCCUCCGCUGUCGCCACUGUGAGCACAACCUCUCCAAACCUGAGUAUAAUCCUUCUUCCAUCAAAUUCAAGAUCCAGCUGGGAGCUUUUUACCAUGUACCAGAAGUGAGAAUGGUUCGCCAAGUGGAGCUAAAGAAUGAUGUGGAAACCAAUGUUCAGCUCUCCUUGUGCAACCCCACACCUCAUGAUAUGACAGUGGCCCUCCUUCCAUUUGUUCCCGAUGCUUCAGAUGUUAACUUGCAAAAAGAGGAACCAGUGGAGGGAAGCAGCCUGAGCACAAGCAGCCUGGUACGUGUGGUAGAAAUACCACCAGAGAAAAGUGACCUUUUCUUCACAGCUGAUGUGGCGUUACCUCAGGGUCAGCUCAUUCUUGCUGCACGAGAUGAUACAGCUGAAUAUGAUGACCAAGAUUCUUCAUCCAAUUAUAAGGAUGAUCCACAAGUGGUUGCUUGGAGGCGAGCAAAUAAGGUAGGUGUCAAUCUUUUGGUAACACCAAAGUCUGAGGCAACCCAUGCCAAGGUUGGAUUUAUACUACGAUACGAUUACACAAAUACUGUAGCAACAGCCACUGAGUCUAGGACUGUGACUCUUAAUAUACCUGUCAUAGUAGAUGUUGGUCCUGUUACUCAGCCUUAAAGAGAUUGGUUCAGCUUUUAGUACUUGCCAGUCAAUCUACCAAAGAAAGUUUUGAGGACCUUCAAGCGUGAUUAUGACGAAAAAUGAGUUUGGUAGAAUGAUGUUACAAGUAUUCACCCCAUCAAUACCAUAGAUGAAUAUUGAAUUGCACUUUUGUGAUACAUGCUUUGCAACUUACUAUCAUCUAAAAUUCAUUCAAAUUUUUUCAACAUAUCUUAGUUAAUUAAAGGUGCUGGGACCUCUCUCUAUAGCUUUGAACCAAAACUUGACAUAAUGAUAUAGGUAGUCCUAAUGGCAGCUGUCUUUAUCAAUGUAAAGCUUCCCAAGACUAUUCAUUCGAUGUUAAGUAUAAAUAAUUGCAUAUUUACUCCUAUACAUUGUUGGGGAAACUGUAUGGAUUGUUAAAAUAGCUAUGUAUUGAAUUCCAGUAGUUAUUUAUUUUCAUAAGUAAACAUAUAAGCAGCAUCACUAUCAUAUAUUAUCUUAACAAUGACUCUUCUGUUGCUUCUGUUGUAAUGAUUGUGCGAUGGGCCUGCCUAGCACUGCCCCGCCACCUUGAUAUGCCUCUGGCUUUCUGGAAGUAGGACAAAGUCACCCCAGUGAUAUUAAUCAUCCCUUGUACUUUGGCAACAGUUCAUUUUAUCAUUCUGGAGCAAUGUUUGUAUUUAUAUAUUUCUUGUCUUAUUAUUAAAGCACUCAGCAUGUCUGUUAACAAAAUGACUUAUUUGUG